CCCACCCACGACGCUACAGGCGGAGGAAGCAGAGGACGGACGGACAAUGGUGGUCACCUCCCCGUCGGCGGCGCCGCCCGCCGCCGCACCCGACCGCCCCCACCCGACCUACACCAACAUGAUUACUUACGCGCUGGCGGAGCUGGGAGGCGCCUCCGACCGCUCCGCCAUCGCCGGAUUCAUCGCCGCGCGCUUCACCGGCCUCCCCGUCAGCCACGACGCGCUCCUCUCCGCCCACCUCCGCCGCCUCGUCACCCAGGGCGUCCUCUGCACCUCCGGAUUAUUCUCCUACUUCUUCUCCUCCUCCGACCACCACCACUCGCCCACCACUAGGAGGCCACACAGUCCCGAUCUCGAUUCCGAUGAUCAGUCUGGGUUCCACUUCCAGAGUAGCAGUGAGGAGGAGGAGGACGACGAAGAUGAUGCUGCCUACACUCCUCUGCAUGUGCCUGUUCCUGUUCAUGUUCUGGGAGAGAAGCGAGGCCGGGGGCGCCCGCGGAAGAAGGUUGUGGUUAUGCUGUCUGCUCACACCACCACUGCUGCAGCAACGCCUGAACCCUGUCUUGCAAAGGGAGAGCAAACACAGCAUUCUGCUGCUGCUAGGUCUGUGCUCUCUCUAUCUGGGGAUGCAGCUUACUCGGUGACUAAGCGAGGCCGUGGGAGACCAAGGAAGCUACAGCCGUCCCCCUCCCUGGGAGGCGGCGAUACGUCAACUGGUGGCAUCAUCAAGAUCAAGAGAGGGCGUGGGAGGCCGAGAAAGGAGGAUCAACAAUCACAGGAAGCAGCAACAAAGCCUCUUCCAACUACAACCGCGUCGUCAACUGUUGGCAUCAUCAAGAUCAACAAGAGAGGGCGUGGGAGGCCGAGAAAGGAGGACCAACAAUCACAGGAAGCAGCAACAAAGCCUCUUCCAACUACAACCGCGUCGUCAACUGUUGGCAUCAUCAAGAUCAACAAGAGAGGGCGUGGGAGGCCGAGAAAGGAGGAGAAACAAUCACAGGAAGCAACAAAUCCUCUUCCCACUCCAACCGCGUCGUCAACCGGUGGCAUCAUCAAGAUCAAGAGAGGGCGUGGGAGGCCGAGAAAGGAGGACCAACAAUCACAGGAAGCAACAAUGCCUCCUCCAACUCCACCAGCGUCAAGGCGGGGGAUUAAGGUAGGGUGUGGAAGACCAAUGCUAGCUCCUACAGGGUCUCCUGGGAGUGGGACUGGGAGGCCACUAAUGAUAGACAAGCACCCACCAGAAACUGCAAGGUGCUCUGUUGAUGCUACGUCGUCAGUAAUCAAGAGACCGCGCGGGAGGCCAAGAAUGUACAGACUAUCAGCAGAAGAAACUGGAGAUGCAACACCUGCUCCUCCUCAAACUGGAUAUUCGAUGGGAGUCAAGAGAGCUCAUGGUUGGCCAAUUAAGGAGAACCCAGCAGCAGCAGCAGCAAUGUCUGGUGAAACUGGAGAUGUUGCAUCGGCCGGAAUCAAGAUAGGGGGCGUGCAACCGGAAGUGGAGAAGCCAACAGCAGCAAUGUCUACUCAAGCCGGGGAUGUUGGGUCAACGGGAAUCAAGAGAGGGGGUGAGCAACUAGAAGUGGAAAUGCCAGCAGCAGCAAUGUCUGCUCAAGCUGGAGAUGCAACACCUGCUGAAUUAACUGGAGCUGCAAGGCUCAUGGAAGCUGGAGAUGCAAGGCCUGCUGAAUUAACUGGAGCUGCAAGGUUCAUGGAAGCUGGAGAUGCAACGCCUGCUGAAUUAACUGGAGCUGCAAGGUUCAUGGAAGCUGGAGAUGCAAGGCCUGCUGAAUUAACUGGAGCUGCAAGGUUCACGGAAGCUGGAGAUGCAAGGCCUGCUGAAUUAACUGGAGGUGCUGCGUCGACGGGGAUCAAGAGAGGGCGUGGGAGGCCAAGAAAGGACAAGACAGCAGCAGCAGCAAUGCCUGCUGACGCUGGGUCUGCGGGGAUCAAGAGAGGGCGUGGGAGGCCAAGAAAAGAGAAGAAGCCAGCAGCAGCAAUGUUGGCUGAAACUGAAGCUGGAGAUACUGUGUCAACUGGGAUGAAGGGGGCGCUUGAGAAUCCAAUAUCAGGUAAUGUCGUGUCAACUGGAACCAAUGGAGCACUUCUUAGAACGGAGAAUCCAGUGGCAGGUGAUUUUGUGUCCAUGGUAAUGAAGAGAGGGCCUUGCUUUGAUUGAAACCUGGUUUGGAGACAUGUCUGAAGAAGCUAGUCCAUGUGUAGGAAAGGAAACCAGGCCUGGCCUGAAGAUGCAUGCUGGAUGUGUGAUUUGAGUCUAGUCUCUCUGGGCUGGGGCUCCCCAGCGAGUGCUCGAUUGGUUGAUGCAUGUAAGCAAGCCGUUAGUAACAUUCUCUUUUGCUAAAUCUUUCUAUAUUUUGUGUCAGAUCACAUAUAAUAUAGUAAGUAUUAACGAUGUUGCUAUUUUCUAGUAAUUCUUAGUCGCAUUAAUUAUUA